CACCCUCUCUCUCUCUCACACACACACACGCGGAAGUUGCAGUGACAAGACGAAAACAGGUAGAACGUCUCGUCCUUAAAAAAUUGCUUCCUACUUCUCUUUUUUUAAAAAAAAAACACUUUUUAAAUGCUAAAGGUUCGCUGUUUUAAACAGCUCAGCGAUUUUUAAGCAGCUUUUAAACUCCUAUAAGAAAAUAUCGCCGUUUAUUGAAAGUGAAAGUACAGCUCGAGUCUAACAUGGCAGACUGCAGUGACGAAGAUAUCACAGACAGACCAUCUCUUCUCGAAUCAGACUUGACGUGUCCUGUGUGCAAAGACAUCUUUAGGGAACCCGUGUUGCUCUCGUGUAGCCACAGUUUCUGUAAGCAAUGUCUGGAGAGCAGCUGGAAGGGCCAGGCGAAACAGCAAUGCCCGAUGUGCCGAAAAAACUGUGACGGAGAGACACCGAUCCCCAACCGCGCACUAAACAACACCUGCGUAUCCUAUAAAAAGGAGAGGAACUGGAGAACAGGUCCGAGUUUCGAUGAGGUCAGCUGUGGUUUGCACCAGCGCCCCUUCCAGCUCUUCUGCAUUAAAGACGAGGAGCCAGUGUGCGUGGACUGCGUGACACUUCACCCAGGACACGAGCUGGUGCCAAUAGAUCAGGGAGUACCUUUCUGCAAGGAUGAGCUUAACUUGAAAAUAAAAAUACUGGAAACUAAGCAGGAUUCCUUCAAAAGAAUGAAAAAAAGAUAUAGAGACACAAUCUCCUUUAUUGAGGGCCAGACUAAAGAGGCAGAAGCGCAAAUCAAACAGGAGAUUGAGAGACUUCAUCAGGUCUUAAAUGAAGAGGAGACAACUAGAAUAAAUGCUUUGUAUAGAGAAGAAAAUGAGAAGAAGAUGAUUAUGAAUGAGAGGAUUGAAAUCAUUACUCGUGAUAUUUCAGCUCUUGCGGAAUUAAUUCAAUCAGUAAAGAGGGAAAUGGGAGCAGAGGAUUUGACUUUCCUUCAGAACUUCCAGAAACUAAAAAGACGAACCCAGUGGACUGGUGACGAACCAAGGAAGGUUGAAGGAGCUCUUAUUAACAUGGCCUUGCAUGUAGGAGCUUUGGGUUACAAAAUCUGGGAAAAUAUGCAAUCUCAUGUCACAUGUUUGCCUGUAAUCCUGGAUCCCAACACAGUCUCGCCUUGGCUCUCUAUAUCUCCUGAUUUUUCCAGUGUGCAAGAGAGUCCUGAGAGGCAGUCUUUCCCAGACAACCCUGAGAGGUUUGAUCCAUGUGUUUUUGUUCUUGGCUCAGAAGGUUUCUCCUCAGGGCGCCACCGUUGGGAGGUUCGUGUGGCUGACCACCCCAAAUGGAUCUUGGGAGUGUGCAAGGAGUCAGUGGUUCGGAAGAGGAAGUUCACAGUGACAACAAAAGCAGGAGUGUGGACCAUCGGCCUGAGUAAAGGGAUCUACAAUGCUCUGACCACUCCACGCACUGUGCUGAAUCUAGAGAGACGGCCAGAAACCAUCAGAGUAAAGGUCAAUAUGGAGAAGGGAGAGGUGUCCUUCUGGGAUACAGGCAACAACAAGCACCUGUGCACGUAUAAUGAUAAGUUCAAUGAAAGGCUCUUCCCCAUCUUUGGCCCAGGGCUCCAGAGCACACCCAUCUCUAUCUUGCCUGCUAAAGUGACCAUACACAAACAAUAAGUAAACAUGCUCAUGCUGCCUCCUCUAAAGUUGCUAUACAGUUUGAAUUAUAUUGAACCAAAUUAAACAGAAUUUAUGGAAUAUUCUGAAUCCAGUACAAGUUAAGCCAAGUAACAGAAUUUGUGGCAUAAUGUUUAAAUGAUUUCCACAGAAAUUAAUUUCACCAUGUUAGAAUCUUACAACAUAUUUUUAAACAUUUAAAAUAGUCACUGUUUCAAUAGUAUUGCCACAAGACAUUAACAAUAUGUCCUAACAUGAUUUCAGUGUAGGAAAAUUUUGCUUGUAUCCAAGUUAUAUCCAAUUGUGCAAUUUUGUCAAUCUGACAAUGUAGCACCAUAAACACUAAAACCUAUUUAACCACUGCAAAAAUGAUGAUUAAUCAGCUUUACAGCUCAAAUAAUACACGUUUUAAAAGUACAAUUAAUUUGUGUUUAUAAAAUUAUAAGCUUCACAUUUCUGCUUUUAAAUCCUCCAAAAACUGGACCUAUUCCCUUCGACGAAUCGAAAUUAUUUUUGUGGUAAUCAACAUUAUGCCACAAAUGCAGUUGUUUUAGUGUAAUUUGUACUAAACUUGGAAAACUCCUUUAAAUGGAAUGGAAAAGAAAGAAAUGGAAAUUUAAAGGCUGUUCUAUUAUGCUAAAAUUCAACUUGCAUCAUCAUUAAUGGUCUUUUCGUGUUAUAUUUGUGAGAUUUACUAUGUCAGGAUUGAGAUAUUCUUUUUCAAGCCUUCAAAAAUGCUAAUGGCAUCUUUAUUAGUGCAAAACACUAUUGAUUGUUAAGUAGAGAAAGGCUUUUUUUAAUCAACUUUAAAUCUGUCUAAAACAAUUAACCUUGCUACUGUUGAAUCACAAUAGCCAACAUUGAAUCAGCUACACUGAUAUAUGAACUUGCAAGAAACAGUGUUGCAUUUAUGAUCAUGUGACAAGAACAACAAUCACUUAAUUUUAAGCAUUUUCUAUUUUUUUGUAUAAAGACAAUUAAAGAUAACUGUUUCCGUUUUUUAUUUGCCAUUUGAUUGGGUCAGGUAUGUUUAUUCACAGAUGCAGUAUAACAUUUGAUAUCAGCUGGUGAAAGUUGGGGAAAAAAACUAAAUUUGAUGAAACAAAAACAAUAAAUUAUCUCACUUAUCAGA